AUGCCAACCUUUCUGUUCACGGUCCUACCGAGUGGUGUUGGCCAUUUCCACGAUCUUCUAAGUUGCUUAGCAAAGUUUGAUGAAGAUGUCUCUCUCGAAGCAACAUCUCAAUUCCUGCGUCUUUCCAGUCUUAACAUAGCCAAGACCACCCAUGCGGCUUUCACCUUGAGUUCAGACUUCUUCCAGAAGUAUCACUUCUCGCCUGGACCAAAGAAUUCGGCAGGUCAAACCCCGCCACGAGUAUGGGCCUGCAAGAUGCAAAUUCGUGCUCUACUAUCUAUCUUCAAGCGUCGGCUGGCAGAAUCACGGGAUAAAGACACAGCGCUUGAAACCUGUGAAUGCGAGCUUCAGGCGAACGUUGAUCAGGCUGAAUGUCGUCUCAUCUUCAGACUUAAUUGUAAACAAGGGGUCGUCAAAACUUAUCGACUCUUCUACGAAUCUGGGGAGAUCUUGCAUGCUACAUUCGAUCGAGUUGGCUCUAACAAUUAUUGGUCAAUAUCAUCUCGAGCACUCCGAGAGAUGGUCGAGUACUUUGGCCCUAAGACUGAUCAGCUUGAUUGGUACUAUCAAGACGGUAAGGUUACAUUCACAAGCUAUACAGAGAAGAUACAGAGUGGCAGGGAGAUUCUCAAGCAACCCAUGCACACUUCUGUUGCUUUCGAACGAAAGGACUUUGACGGAUUUGAUGUUCAAGAAGCUCUACAUAUUGGCACUAUGGUCAAAGACUUUCGUGCCAUUGUGGCACAUGCAGAAUCAAUGCGUGUUCUCGUAACCGCAAGAUACUCACGCGCCAAUCGCCCUAUGCAGAUAAGCUAUGAGAACAAUGGCCUUGUUGCAGAGUUCACCCUCAUGACCAAAGGAACGAACAAUGUCCCAAGUACAUCACAUGCGAGCACACCGGCGCGCCAAAUUUCCAUGCGCCCUGCAUCGCGAGGACCUGAAAGUGCACCAACUCGCGAAGCCUCGGUUGUUCCUGUGGACAGUCGGACAGCAACGUCCUUGGAUAUGCCACCACCAGCGGCUCGCAACUCAUUUCGUGGGACUGCUCAACCAUUGCUUACAAAGUCCAAUUCGCGGGACAGCGUCCCAGCACCUUCUGCGAGUAUAAACCCUGACAGUCUCUUUAUCCCAGCUGAUGACGAUGAUCAACAAUGGGACGAACCAAAUUUCGGAGAGGAAGCUGAUAUCGUGACUUGGGACAAUACAGCCGAGAACGUCUCAGCUUCAAGUUCUGUGCGCAGACUCCGUGAUUCAGAGUCACACUCGUUCGUACAGAGGCAAGAGCAAGAGCAACCGGGCAGGUCCUUUCCGCACGAGAUUGCGCCCACGCAGCGACUAUCGCAAGUUCGUGGGAUAUUUGAUUGA